AUGUCUCAUCAUGAUGUUGUCGACGCGGAGUCGCGUAAUCGUCUACCGACUCUCUUUGAAGUUCUCAGCCGCCGAACUCUCGCCCCGGUCGACCUCUUUUCGUUCUACAUUUACAUGCGCGAUCAGCAGCGUUCCGUAGACUAUCUAGACUUUUGGCUUGAUGUAUCACAACACAUGCUACUGUGCCGACACUAUGUCCGUGAACUUCGCCGUUCCGUCCUCGUCGCGACACCCGAUCUGGAAAGAGAACCUUCUGCCAUGCUAGACAAUCUGGAGAACCUAGACACGGAUUCCAAGAAAACGAAAAGGGCAGAGAUGCCGACCAACGCCUGUCUGCAUUCCUUCGCUCCGAAGGCCACACCACAUCACCCUCCCGAAACAGUCCAAGAUCUUCCGGCGAAUCAGCGCACCAAGCCUCUUCCUAUGACGGUGGCCGUGACACCCCGGAUUCCCGGCUUGACCACCCUCCUCCCCGGGCACACAGUGGCCCGCAAUGACAUUCGCGCCAGCGCUGAGAAAAUCUUGUACACAUAUCUGCUUCCCGGUUCCGAGCGAGAGAUUAUGCUGCCAGAAUCCAUGGUUUCCACGAUUAUCAACCUGGUUGAGGAUGACGGCCGAGAUGACCCCGAAGUGUUUGACCCUGCCAAGGACUAUGUGUUCCAGGCCAUGGAGCGGGAUGCAUUCCCGGGAUUCUUGCAAGCAAAGGCACUUGGGAAUAUGGUUCCUUUGAGUACCAUCUUGCGCCUCGCCUUUGCUCUGAUUAGCUUCGGUGGAGGAUUCUGGGGUGCCUUCUACGUUGUUCUGCGGAAUAAGCCUCGGCAUAUUCGUUGCUGGGUCAUUCUUCCAUUUGCUGUCGCCGCAUACUUCAUCAUCUCCUAUCAGUACAAGAUCGACCCCAUCAUGGCGUUCCUGGGCUACAGUGAAUACACCUUUAUGAACUGGGCCCCAAUUCGCGAGCCCUAUGUCCGAAAGCUGCUGAACAAGCGCGCCGUCGUCACUGCAUUGAUCGCCUUUUUCACAGCGGCAGCUUUAAGCAUCUUGUUCAUUUUCGUCCCCGGUACCAUGAUGUGA